AUGGCCCUCUUCCUCCUGGCUUAUAAUUCCAUCGUCUCUGCGUUGGCGGUCCGUCAACCUUUCGUGGCAUUGAGGAGCGGUCGUUUGGGUCAGAGGAACAUGAGGAAGACAGUUAUGCUGGAUUACACAACAUACCCGUUAUUUUACAGCUGGGCAAUUGCAAUGCGCCAUGAACACAUCCCCCUGGGCCUGGCCUUGCUGUUCCAGCUGCUGGCACAGAUUUCCCUUGUUUCCCUCUCCGCCAACCUCUUCAGGGCAGCCGCAUCGCGGUCCAUCCGAGAUACUUCGAUCAUACUUUCCCAAGAAUUCACCAUGGACCUUCUAGAUUCACGGACCAACAUGCAGCCCGCUCUGAACCUUGCAGACGCCCUCCACGUCCACGGUGCCGCCGCUCCAUCGUGGAUGAAUAAGAGAUUCGCCUUCGGACCUUUCCAACCGACCGAACAGGGGAUCAGCGGAAACUUUACAGCCAAAACGUCUGGGUUAUCUUCGUCUCCAAAUUGUCGCUUGAUGGAUCCUUCUGAAUACACGGCCGUCUUCGAGCCUUCUGAUGAAGAGGGAGUUGGCUUUGUGACAGUCCCUUUGGUCGACCGCGGCUGCAAUAUCACUCGAAUCGUUGACGUUGCUCCUUCAACCCCUAUUUAUGCUCAAAGCUGGUAUCAGCAGUGUCGUGGGGAGCAGUAUGAUCGAAUUGGGGUAUUGGCCGGUCUCUACUCCGAUGACUUGCCUGGGAAACUUCAAAAUCUGACCAUUGUGUCUUGUAUGCCCGAAUACUGGAACUCAACCGUCUCUUUGACCAUGACAUUCGAUCCUUCCAGAAGCGACCAGCCGCAUUUCGUAUCAGCGACGACAGAGGACACAACGGAAAUGAAAGUUCUAGCAUUUGAUCAAAUACACCGUGUGCUCCAUCUCUACACUUUCCAUGAUCCCUCGGCAAUGUUCAGGGCCGACAUAUUGGGCAAGACCAUUUACCAACACGCACAAAUCCUCAACUCGCUCUCUGUUUUGGAUUCGCUCGCCAUUGAAAAGGCAACAGAAGCAGUCUACGAGACAAUGUUUGCUGCUCUCGCAAGUACAGAGCUCAUUCAACCGCGAAGCUCUCCCAGUGAGGCUCCGGCCCAAAUGGUCAUUGCGGUGGAGAGGUUAUAUGUCAAUGAAGCUGUGGCGUGGGCAGUUCUGGCCCUCUUAUCGGCAAUGCUUCUCGGCACCAUUGGCUCAGCGAUUGUUGUGCGUACGACAACUUCCAUCCUGCGCGAAGAGCCAAAAGGGUUGCUCUCUUAUGCGCGGCUGCUAGAUGAGAGCGACGUCUCAACCAUUGCCACACUCUUCAAGAAGAAACAUCCAGAGGUCGACAACAUGAGAGAGUUCAUGAAGAAAUAUUACCGCAUGUCCGUGGCGGAAGCUACGUGCUAUUAUGAUGAACAGCAUGGAAAGAUUCGAAUGGACCGCGGAGGAUUGGAGACUUAUUGUGAACCAGAACCAGGCUUUAUGUCGAGGCAGCGGUGGGCGGAACGAUGGGAGAAGUUCAAUAAGUGGAUUCAAGGCUUCGUGACGAAGAUCAAGAGAACGAAGUGGACAUCACGUCAAAGGCAACCCGGAAGCACAAUCAGACUGAGGCGGCAGGGAAGACAGGCUCCAUCUGUGCUACCACGCUGA